CUUCUUCAGCGAGCGCACGCAUCUUCUUUUGUUCAGAGACAGUGGCGGCAGGUUGGUGAUCAAAUAGAGGAUCGUGGCAUGAGAUUGAAAGCCGUUCAACUGUUGCACAGCAUCGCAGACCAGCUGUAUCGUCAGCAGGUCCUCGGGCCUGGAAUUGAAUGCACCCUGGCUUUUCUCAUGGAGACGAACUACAUUAGCCGCAGCGACAUCUACCUUUACACGACAGUGCUUGAGCACGCGAUAGACACUGUACUGACGCGGCAGCGUGAGCAGGCUACGCUAGCAAGCAUGCAAACCAAAGUGUCGCUUGUGCGCCACUUGACUUAUCAACUGUUGGAGCUCCGUUCACAAAAGCGUCCGCGGUGUACCACGACAGAGUCUAGCCAGGCCUUGUCUAUAAAAUCGCUAGAGUACGUACGUGGGCAGGCCCAUGUCCAAAUACCUAGCUUGAUUCUGCCUGCUGGCCGCGUUGUUGCAGUGACAGGGCCAAAUGGCUGUGGUAAGAGCACUGCAUUAGCAUUCGUGGCUUCGUGCAGGGGCUCCUGGACCCCAACAGGAGCUGAGCUGCUGGGUGACGCUGUUUUGGACCUGCCUUCUGGUGAUGUUGUCGAGAUUGGGCAGCAAUUCUACAGGCCAAUGUUCACUUCCCCAAUGUCCUGGCUUUUGUUCGGGAGACUAGAGGGCAGAAACAUCCAGGAAUUGCGGGGUCUUGCGCAACGUUUGCUGAAGGAGUUUGGCUUGAUCAGGGCUUCUGACCUGCAAGGAAUGAUACUUCCUGGAUCACUGGAUUCAAUGGAUGCUCUGGAUCAGGUGAAAGAGGAUUGGUAUAGCGAGCUUUCCGGAGGAGAGCGUUGCAAGGUGGAAUUCAUACAGAAAGUGUUUCUUCGACAAGAGUGCCCACCUGUGCUGUUGAUAGAUGAAGCCUUCGCGCCGCUGGAUCCUGCAUCGAGUCACUAUCUCAAAGUAAGGUUGAAGGCUUUCUGCAGAUAUUCUGUAGUGUUGGUGGUUUACCAUGGCAGCGAGAGCUUAGACGAUUCCUUCUUCGAUGAUGAGCUGCAAUUUGCACAUGGAACUGCAAUUCUUCGGCAGUUGCACUAG